AUGACAUCGCUAACGGACGACACGUCCAUCUCGGGCUUGCUGUCACGCAUGACAUCAUUCCGCUUCUCGCUGAACGAUUCAGAAGGCUCCCAGGCCACGGUAGCUGCAGGGCCACCUCAAAUUCAGCAAGAGAUUCACUUGAAGGUUGCGCUUGUGGGCGGGAACGGCGUGGGGAAGUCGUCGAUUGUCCGACGAUGGCUCAAACGACCAUACCAAGCGGCGUACCAUCCGACGAUUGGGGUCGACGUGCACACGAUCAAACACAACAAGAGGGGAAGCAAUGCGAAGGAGCGUCCGAUCACGUACGUGGACGUGUGGGACGUGUCUUUCGUCGAGGUAGACAGUCCUGCGUUCCACGAACUGCUGUGCGACGGCCUCGACGGCAUUUUCUUCGUGUUCAACGUCCAUCGCGUGAGCUCCAUCGCCGCCGUGGAUGCAUGGCUGACCAACUUGGGCAAGUUCGUGUCAUCGUCUGAGAUUCCGUUUUACCUGCUCUCGCACAAAGCCGACAUGCUCCAGAAACGUGUCAUGACGAGCGACGACAUCGACGCUUACGUCCGGACGGCUGGGUUCAAGGGGUGGUGCUGGACGGUCGGUCGCGGCGGCCUUGGCGAAAGCGACAAGAGUCCCGCUGUCUUGGAAGCGCUCGAUACGAUGGUGGAGUUGAUCUGUGAAGGGAAAUCCCCCGACGAAUUGCUGCGGCCGUCUCCCCCUCCUCGUGCUGAAGACAUCAUGCCGCCCAUCGUGCCCAGCGUCGUGGCCGUGCCGUCGUCCGUGGAUGCCCUCGUGUGUGUCCCCACCCACGCCAUCACGACCCUUCCUCGCCACAACAACGCCGACGCUUCUACUUCUCCCCAAGACAUUAUUAAUCAAAGGCAAAGUGUUGAGUUUGGCGCCGAGUGGAUGUUUGGCGACCACAAGGGGCAGUACCUCGUCAUGAAGUCAAGGGAAUCCAUGGACAUGAUCGUCCCACACGAUUCAUCCUCCGACGUCGAAGUUACGCCCGCCCCCUCCUCUCACAAGAACGACGAAGGCGGCGACAGCGAAGACGACGACGGCUGGCGGUUCUUUGCCGGCAGCCUCGACCGCGUCAAGACCGAACGACUGCUCAGCAAGCAUGGAGAAGGGGCGUUUCUAGUCCGGCGGAAGGAUGCGCGGACGCUCGUGCUGUCGUAUCAGGGCGACCACGACGACGCCCACCACGUGCUGCUGGCGUACCACGACGGAAGGUACUACGUCGGUGGCGCCCCGAUUCCAUCCUCGUCUUCCCGACACAACCCAUCCCCAUCGACCGCCCCCGCCCCCCCCCCUCCUUCGUUUUCAUCCCUCGCCAAGUGCAUCCGCAGCGUGCGCAAGUACGCGUACAGAGGACUGACGUUCCAACGCACCCCCGCACGAUUUCAAGUGGGCAAACCGGCCACGAUGGACGUGCAGCCGCCCCCUCCCGCGGCCCCGUCGUCGUGGACCCCAUCCGAAGAUACCACCACGACCCAAAUGCAUGCCCCCCAGACCCCCGUGGACGUGCCGCCCCGCCAGCGCCUCGAAGACAUGACAAGUCAGUUUUACACGCGGGUGCGGCACCGUUUGGACGCCCUCGAGCGGUCGGCCGUCGUCGGUAUAGUCUCUUGUUAUUGUAUUUUGACAUUACUGCCGCUGACGGAAUAUGGCUACUAACUAGACUCGGCGCAGCUGGACGAAUUGCGACAGAUGGUACCAAGCACAAUGAUAUAUAUAUUUGUACGAAACUGGGGUCACGAGUUGGCUUGAUGGGUAGGUAGAAGUGGACAGCCAACAAGGCAAGAACAACCAAGCCACCGUAGAGCGACUGUGGAGGACGUUUGUUAAGGACAUGGACGUGUGGACUCAAAUCUUGGCCACGCUGGAGACCCCGUAGCCAUCCAAAGGGACAACAUGCACCGCCAGCCAGCCCAUCAAAGUCCAUAUAAUGAUUGAAAACAAAACAGAGGGAUAUAAAGAGAAUUGGGGAUUCCCCCUCCACAAAGUACUCGCAAGGCUAAAUGAAGUUAUAAAGUCAAUUGACAAUCUUCAAG